CGUGAUGCGGCUCCCGGGCACGCAGGGCCCCCCCGCGCCCGCCCCGGGGACAGCGGCAGCGGCGGCAGCGGGGAGAGCGGCGGGUGGUGAGCGGCCCCGGCCCCCGGGAAGCCACGGAACCCGGCCGCCCCCCUUUUCCACCUCCUUCUGCCGGGGGGCCCCGGCGGAGCCCCCGGAGCCCGGGCGGGCGGGACGGCGGCUCUGGGCGCGCUGCUGCGCUGCUUCCCCUGCGAGCGGCUGUGCGGGGGCUGCGCGGUGCCCCCCGGGGCUCUGCCCCCGGCCAUGCCGCCCCCGGCCCGCCGCCGCCUGCCCGCCGCCUCCCGCCUGCCGCCGCGCACCUUCCGCAGUUACCUGCCCCGCUCGCACCGCACCUACAGCUGCGUCCACUGCCGGGCGCACCUGGCCCGCCACGAGGAGCUCAUCUCCAAGUCCUUCCAGGGCAGCCACGGCCGUGCCUACCUGUUCAACUCCGUGGUGAACGUGGGCUGCGGCCCGGCCGAGCAGCGCCUGCUGCUGACGGGGCUGCACUCGGUGGCCGACAUCUUCUGCCAGAGCUGCAAGACCACCCUGGGCUGGAAAUACGAACAGGCGUUCGAGAGCAGCCAGAAGUACAAGGAGGGGAAGUUCAUCAUCGAGAUGUCGCACAUGGUGAAGGAGAACGGCUGGGACUGACGCGGGGGCACAGCUGGGACUGGGGGGCACCUGGGGGCACGCUGGGUGACCCCUUCCUUGGCACCUUCACUGUGCCCCCCGGUGCCCCCUGGCUGGCACCAGCCGCGGGGGUUGCGGGGCUUUUCUAGGGCAAUAAAGGCUUUUUUUUAGGAA